AUGGCAACACGUUCCACCUCCUCUACCCCACAUCCCCAAACUCCCCCUUCACCAAUCUUAAGUAACGACGACUCGUUAGAGUCUAAUACUUCCUAUGCAGACGCAACAAUGCUGCAUAAAAUCACCAAAACUCUCGAUUUUUCCUCCCCUCUUAAAACAAACAACAACACCAGCACCCCCAACCCCCUUCCCACUUCCUCCUCCAACAACACCAACACCUACACACAACAAACCUUCAACCUAAGAUCCCUCCCAAGCAAAUACAGAUUCCAGAAAGAACUUUACAACCUCCUUAAUUCUCAUGAAAUCCUAAGAAAUCAAAUCUUAUUUUUAAAAGCCAACCUUAAUCAAACGGCACUACUUAAAACAACCUCCAAUGUAACGCAAUCCCAACUUGAAACAAAACUCAAGAGCGCAACCGGAGAAAACUCAAUCCGCGUAAUCCUCCUAAAUCCUAGAAACCUUCCGAAUAAAAAACCGCAAACCACAAGGAAUCCCACGUUUUCUAUGGUGAUCAAGGGUGUCCACAAAGACAUCACCAAGGAGGAUCUGGAAGAAUCCUUCAAAGAAAUUAAUUUCCCAACGAUUGAAUUUUGGAGAAUCACUUCUCGGGCCACCAACCAACCCACCACCCUAAUCAGGCCCUAA